GUGGAUGAACCGAAGGAGCUGUGCUCCUGUGACCUGUGUUAGAAGACACAUAUUUAUGUAUCUGAGCCUCAGUCUCCGGUUGAUGUGAAGGAAGAACCAACCAGGAACAAUAUGGGAUUAAUUUAGAGCUCAACCUGACUUUUCUUCAUCAUCAUCAUCAUCAUCAUCAUCAUCAUCAUCAUCCCUCACAUUCAGGCUGUCCCACAUGAUGCACUUUGGGAGGACCAGUGUUGGUCCUGCAGAGUCCAGCCUCAGCAGCCAGCGGACAGAGGACACCGUGAGGACCAGCAGCAGUGGUCGGUGGGCCCUAGCUGCUGAAAACAUGAACAACUGCAACAACAAUGAUGGCAAAAAAGAUGGCAAGACAGAGGAACCUAAAAAGGACGACAAGAAAGACGACAAAAAAGAUGUUAAAAAAGAAGAACCAAAGGAGGUGUGGACCAUGGACCCCGCCACAGAUAUGUACUACUACUGGCUGUGCAUAAUAUCCAUCCCAGUGUUCUACAACCUGAUCUUCCUGGUGGCCAGGUCUUGUUUUAAUGAGCUGCAGUAUGGAAAUAUAAUGCUGAUGAUGGUUUUGGACUACACCUCAGAUGCCCUCUACUGCAUUGACACCUUUGUGAGAGCCAGGACAGGUUUUCUGGAGCAAGGUCUUCUUGUUAGGGAUGAAAAAAUCCUGAAAGAAAAGUACAUGAAGACACGGCAGUUCAGAUUCGACAUCAUAUCAUUGAUUCCCACAGAUAUUGUAUUCCUCAAAAUUGGAAUCAACAACCCAGAGUGGAGGUUCAACCGUCUCUUUAGGUUAGCCCGACUCUUUGAGUUCUUUGACCGGACGGAAACUCGAACUAAUUUCCCCAACAUCUUCCGAAUUGCUAAUCUUGUCCUUUACAUCAUCAUCAUUAUCCACUGGAAUGGUUGCCUCUACUUUGCCAUCUCCAAGGUGCUGGGCUUUGGCUCAGACACCUGGGUAUAUCCCAGUGGAAAGAAUCCAGAGUUUGCUCGCCUGGCCAGGCAGUACAUCUACUGUUUUUACUGGUCCACUCUCACCCUGACCACUAUUGGUGAGACACCACCCCCAGUCCGAGACAUUGAAUACUUCUUUGUGGUAGCUGACUUCCUCACUGGGGUUCUAAUCUUUGCUACAAUUGUAGGCAAUGUUGGCGCCAUGAUUUCCAACAUGAAUGCUGCGCGAGUAGAGUUCCAGGCUAAGAUUGACUCUAUAAAGCAAUACAUGGAAUUUCGGAAGGUCACAAAAGAUCUGGAGGUAAGAGUGGUGAAGUGGUUUGACUAUCUGUGGACAGAAGAGAAAACCUGUGAUGAGAAGCUGGUGCUGAAGAACCUGCCAGACAAGCUCAAGGCUGAGAUAGCCAUCAACGUACAUCUGGAAACACUAAGAAAAGUACGCAUCUUUCAAGACUGUGAAGCAGGUUUGCUUGUUGAGUUGGUCCUCAAACUUCAGCCUCAAGUGUUCAGUCCUGGCGACUACAUCUGUAAGAAGGGGGACAUUGGCAGGGAGAUGUAUAUCAUCAAAGGAGGAAAGCUGGCUGUAGUAGCAGAUGAUGGGGUUACCCAGUUUGUGGUCCUCAGUGAUGGGGCAUACUUCGGAGAAAUCAGCAUCCUCGGUAUCAAGGGCAGUAAGGCAGGAAACCGAAGGACAGCCAACAUCCGAAGUGUGGGCUACUCUGAUCUGUUUGCCUUGUCCAAAGACGACCUGAUGGAGGCUCUCAUUGAGUACCCGGAUGCUAAGGAUAUACUGGAGGAAAAGGGAAAGGCCAUCCUGAUGAAAGAUAAUCUCAUAGAUGAAUCGCUGGUCGCUGCUAUCGAUGCCAAAGACUUGGAGAAUAAAGUCAAUCAGGUCGAAACCAGUUUGGACGUCAUGACGGUCAAAUUUCGAAAGUUGACAGCCCAGUAUGAAUCUUCUCAGCGUAAACUCAAACAACGGCUCAGUAACAUGUCAAACCAGGUCCAAACCCUCAGAGUAAACAAUGAGUAGAACUUGGCUUGGUCUACUGUCGGACUCUUUGUUCACACCAAAUGGACAGUGGCUGGCUUCUAUACAGUAUAUGAGCAAAUAGAAAGUUGACCUUUCUCAUUAACACAGAGAUAUUCAGAUGGCUGGUAACUCAAUACUUUAGAAGUAACAACAGAAUUCUGUUCCUACUGAAUAUCCAAAAACUGUCUGGUACCACAAUAGGGUAUAGAAUACUUGGUCAGAUUCUCUUAGUCUUGUUUAUGUCCUUUAAACAGGUGUUCUCUGAUCGUGUACUUUAUUUUGGACUUAUAUAUUCAGCAAAGUCCCAUAACAGCUGUUUGUGUAAUGUUUGGCCCUUUUCUAUGAAACAAAAAGAGUUUGUACUGAGUAACAAAAGGUAACAAAAAGCAAGGUACCAUUCUGGUCUCAGAACUAUUUUUUUGUCAUAUUUACACCUGUCAUGAAGUAACUGAACGAUGCCCAGCACUAGCAAUGCAUUUGUGUGAGCAAUUAAUCAAUGCUACAUGUGUAUUUAAAGCAAUCCGCAACAUUACUGUCACUUUGCUUAGAUCUUCAGUAAAAUGCAUUUUCUCCAGCAUGGUUAAAGAAUAUCCUUUUUCAAUUUCCUUUCUGAUAUUUGUAGCAUGAUUUUCAAAGCAACACUGUCACCAGAAGUACUGUUUCCUGGGUCUGUUUUUCAAGA